AUGGUCAUUGCUGAUAAUGCAAUCAAACUUCGUGAAAUUCAGCCCAGGGGUUUGGUAGACCACACCGUUUUUCAAAAUCUCCAGAAUGUCAGCCUCGCAAUGAAAUGUCACAUCAGCAUGAUGCAGUUUUACACUGUUACUUUUGAGAGGAGCAGUCAUCAUACCAAGGAGCUCAGGUACCAGUAUGUGCAGUUCCUUGCCCCAAGAGUAGACGCACUGGCGAGCCGUUAUACCAGCACAGUGCAGGGCACUGACCACAAUGAAGAAGAGCUUGAUACCGAGGCUCAAGUGCAGACUUCCAUCUUGGAGAGGGUGGGGCUCAACAGUGGUAAUGUGGCCCCGACUGUGUGCCCUCUUGUCAUGCUCAGUGUACCGAUGACUGAAGAGGAGGUGGAGAGUGCUUUCUUCCACCUGGCUCUGGCUUUUCGCUGUAACCAGUAUACCCUGCAAAAGAGGCUGCAGGCAGAGGAGCACGACCGCAUCGUGGCCCAAGAGAACCUCCACCUCGAGCUGGAGCGGAGCAGGGACACGCUACGGACCCUGCAGACAAUUUGUUUGGACAGCCAGUGCACCCAGAUUUUGCAGAGACUGCAGCACCACCUGGAAGUCAUCAGCAACUCUGUUAAUCAAAUUGCAGAUGCCGCAGAGAUGCUGGGUGCAGUGCACCAGGAGGCACGGCUGUGCCGAGACGUGCAGGUGAUGAUGCUGCAUGUGGACAAUCUGAAAGGCCGCCACACUGAGGAGAGCACAGAGCUGGAGGCGACCAGGAAGCUUCUGCUGAAAAAUCGUGGCCAGAAACAAAGUGACACUGCAGAUAAAGGUGAAAUUCGUCAUGUUUUCACAAGGCAGAAAUCUCAGCAGCACAGAACUCGUCGAAGGGUCAGCUUCACUCUGAUUCCAACUCAGCUCGGUGGUCUGCAGGAGAAACUGUCCAACAGUUGCGAGAACACAAGGAAGGAUAGUGUGGACUCUCGUUCGGAGGAUAAUUCAGAAGUCCCUUGCACCAUCGCUGGGAAAACCGACGUUCCGGAACUGGAUGCAGUCAGCGAGCUUCAGAGCACCAAGCCCCAGACUUCAGCAAGAGGAGAUGCCUUGAGGAGCAACUUCUCCCAGCACAGAGAGGUUCCCACCGCCGACUUCCGGGAGGAUCUCCAGACUAGGGGAGAGAAGGAGGAUACAGGCAUCCCAUCUGCCCCCUGUUCAUUGUGGAAUGGCCUGCGAUGGCGGAGGAGGGGUGCAGAGAGCGCAGAGUGGGACACCGGGCAUGAUGACAGGAUGGAAAAAGAGAGUGACUGCGAGGUCACCGGCUAUGAUUUUAACAUGGAAACGUGUGCCCUUCCGUCCAAACAGCAUCGUCUGACAACCUGUUUUUUUCACUGUCACUGGAUCCUCUAUUGUUUUUUUCUAAUGGCGUUCUCCUUUCUGAUGCUGCUGGGAAUCCUGCUCUGGCCCCUUCGGGCCCCUCUCUUCACAAUAUGACUCCCCACUUUGUGCUUAUGAGCUAUAUUUUUCUGGUUAAGAGCUCUCCAAAUUAUUGUAGUUCUCCUCUUCUGGAUUUGACUUGCCCCACCCCCCCAACCAAACAAUGAUGUGACUAUGUAAAGUUUUGCCGUACCUGAGAAAUGAAGAUAUUAUAAUUUGUCCAGCCUGUAAACUGACCUGUGGCAUACAUAGUGUUUAAUUAAAUAUGCAAUGUUGCUCAUGAACCUUAAAUACAGUAGUUUUAUAUUAUACUGUAUAUAUUUAGGGCAAUA